CGCAGGCCCGGCUUGAGCUAGUCGUACGAUUCCAGACAUCACUUCUCGUUCAAUCCAACGAAUCACCAUGGAAUUGUCUACUUUUGUCCAACGCUUGCGCAAUGGGGAGGCUCCCAAGUUCCCUCACGAUGCCAACUCGCUUACUUUUGCUCAGGGCCUUGAUGCCCAGGAUAAGCUGAGCCACCUCCGAGACGAGUUUAUCCUGCCCACCAAGUCAUCUCUCAAGAAAAAGGCACUUGAUGGGUCUAUCCCUGGAGCCAAGCACAACGGUACCAACGGUGCGAGCAAUGGCACCAACGGCCACAAAUCUGACUCUGAUGAGGGUAUUUACUUUGUCGGCAAUUCUCUUGGUGCUCAGCCCAAGGCCAUUCGCACAUAUCUCAAUGCUCAGCUUGAGACCUGGGCGUCCAUCGGCGUCAACGGACACUUUACCUCACUUGAAAACUCCCCCCUCACACAAUGGCAAGACCUCGCGGAAGACUGCGCCAUCAAGUCAACCGACAUUGUCGGUGCUUCUGCCAGUGAGAUUGUCAUCAUGAACACAUUGACUGUCAACCUGCACAUGAUGAUGGCAAGCUUCUACAAGCCGACUGAGAAGCGUCACAAGAUUAUCCUGGAGUGGAAGCCAUUCCCGAGUGAUCACUACGCCAUUGAGAGUCAAAUAGUGAUGCACGGGCUUGACCCUGAGAAGAGCAUGGUCAAGAUCCAGCCCAACGAGGAUUCUUUGAUCCCGACCGAGAAGAUUCUGGCGACGAUUGACGAGCAUGCCGAGGAGACGGCUCUGCUCUUGUUGCCUGGCAUCCAAUACUACACCGGCCAGCUCUUUGACAUUCCCCGCAUCACUGCAUACGCCAAAGCAAAGGGAAUUGUCGUGGGUUGGGAUCUUGCCCACGCUGCCGGCAACGUGGAGCUGAAGCUGCACGACUGGGACGUUGACUUUGCAUGCUGGUGCACGUACAAGUACAUCAACGGCGGUGCAGGAUCCAUCGCCGGAGCUUUCGUCCACGAGAAGCACGGCAAGGUCGAGUUUGACAGCGCUGGCAAGCCUGUUUACCGCCCUCGUCUCAUGGGCUGGUACGGCGGCGAUAAGAGCGUGCGCUUCAACAUGGACAACAAGUUCCUCCCUACAGUUGGCGCUGGUGGUUUCCAGGUGUCCAACCCUUCAGCAAUUGACCUGGCUAGUCUUUCCGGUGCGCUUUCAGUGUUUGGCAAGACUAGCAUGCACGAUCUACGAUCCAAGGCUUUGGUCUUGACGGCCUACGCUGAGCUUCUGCUUGACCAGAUUCUGGCAGACUCUAACGACGACACUCUUUUCCAGAUCCUCACUCCUAGGGAUCCCGCACAAAGAGGAACUCAAUUGAGCGUCAUGCUAAAGGAUGGUCUUUUGGAAAACGUCAGCCAGGCGUUGGAAGAAAACGGUGUGUUGUGUGAUAAGCGGAAGCCGGGAGUGAUCCGAGUCGCUCCGGUCCCACUGUAUACGCGAUUUGAGGAUGUGUGGAAAUUUAUGCAGGUCUUGAGGGGGGCUCUUGGGCUUUGAGGUCGAAUAUGUGAAAAGGACAUUGAUAGAUGAGCAAGCUACUAUAAUGAAAGAAAUUUAUUGUUAC